CUCAGCGCUUGCUGCUUCCAAUUCAGCGGUAUGAUGGCAACAGAAUGAACUGCAGUGUGUGAACCUUCAAGCCUCUUAUUGGAUUAACUUCAACUAGUUUUUGGUUUAAGGCAAGUACGUCCUCAGGAAGACACCACAUCUCCAAUAAUUCAUGGUGGGUCAUGCGUCGUCGGUCCUCCGGGGUGCAGAUUGCCGGAGGGAGCCGACAUGGGCAUCACUCAUCAUUGAACAAUAAAAGCGUGUCUCUCUUCCGCAGUUGUUGGGCAUUUCAGCGUCUUUUCUGCUCCCUUCUCACAGAAACCGCACCACAUGUCUUUUCUCAAGAAAUUCGCCGACGGCCUCAGCGAUGACCUCGGUCGCUUGGGCCUCGGAUCCGACUCUAAGCAGAGCGGUUCUAGCCGUGACGGCUCGGGCCAGUACCAGGCCCAAGGAUACGGCCAGCCCAGCCAUCAGCCCUACCAGCCUCAGGCCAACUAUCACCCCCCGCCCCAGACCACCCCGUCUGCCUAUCCAACCGAGCCGGGUCCUCGCCCGCCGCCAACUUACACUCCCCCUUCCGACAAGCCCCCAAUCCCUUCUGGCUGGACCCCGCGCUGGGAUGACCAAUAUCAACGUUGGUACUAUGUAGAGGAGGCCACAGGCCGCUCGCAGUGGGAAGCGCCCGGCUUCGACCAUUCAGCUUACCGUGGAGACAACCGUGGCGGAUACGGCCCGCAGACGCCUUACGGUGCCCCUAGUCCUGGCUAUGACAGUCAUGGCGUCCCUUCCGCUGGCGGUUAUGAUCAGACGGGCCACGGGGAAUACCGCGGGGACCACAAGGAAGACAAGAAGGGCCACAGCGGUAUGCUCUUGGGUGCCGCCGGCGGUUUGGCCGUCGGUGCCGUAGCCGGUGCUGUCAUCGCCCACGAGCUCAGUAAGCCAUGAUAGCCAUCCCCCUCCCUGUGCUCCCCACAACGCAUUCAGACAAGCCCCCCCGCCCCUCUCUAACGGCUAGCUCUAACUUCCUGCGCAGCUGAAGACUCCUCCGAUGACGAGCACCACCAAAGCAGCAGCAACCAAGCAGCCUACGCCCCAGCCUACGCGCCCACUCCCGCCCCCGCCACCGCUCCCGUCGUGGUGUAUGAAACC